AUGGCCACCAGAUCAGUCCGCUUUGAAUUCAAGUGCGGGAACCCUGUCAAGCGGGUUGUAGGAUUCCACGAUAUCCCAGCCUCACUCGUCCGCGAAGACUCACAGGAAUUGAUUGCAAAAGACCCCAAAUAUAAGCAGGAAUUAUAUACAAUCCUUAGUUCUAUCGCCACUCCAUACGAAGCGACUCUUCUCGAAAAAUCAAACCCGAAAUGCCCACUUUGCUCUAAACGUUGCACUACCACCAGUGUCGCUCCAUACCCUUGGUUGCAUGAAACAUUGCACCCACAAGCAAUAUUUGUGGUGCUGGGUCAUUGUGGGGAUGCCAAGUGUGAGGAGGGAAUCGAUAAAGUGAUUCAGGAACAAAAUUCUCAACUAGAAGAUGUAUUGAGGGAGUGGGGAGCUGCCCAUCCAGAAACCGAGGGUGGAAAAGGUGCCGCUGCAAAAAAGUGCCGGGUAUGCGCAAAGGUCGAAGAAGCGCAAUUUUGCGCCAAUUGCAAGGUCAUCGCCUAUUGCGGAAAGGAACAUCAAAAACAGGAUUGGAACGUCCACAAGAAUGUCUGCGCACAGUUAUUGGCCCAGGCUGAAGCUAGGAGGAAGAGUUAA